AACAUUUUUUACAUGGCUUGUAUAAAAAAAAAAAAGAAGAAGUUCCUCUCUCUCUCUCUCUCUCUCUCUCUUCGUCCACAUAGAGCAACAGCAUCAACCAAUCUCCUUUUCUCCCCUGAUCUCUCUCUUGUUCUUGAGCAGAGAGCUACCAAUUGGUGCAUUCCAUUUUCACAGAUUUUGUCGUCAGUUUUCUAUUUUUGACGCACCAUCUCGACAACCACACGAUAAGUUAGAGGCUUAGGAAGAAGAAGAGGCGAGUUAAUUAUUUUUUUUAGAAGCAAAGAGAGAGAGAGAGAGAGAGAGAGAGAGAGAAAUCAAAUAUGGAGGAGAAGAAGAAGGACCUGCUGCGGCGGCUGACGAUCAUCUCGAUCCCGUUCGUGUUCGUCGCCAUCCCGUCGAUCGUGAUCAUCGUGGGGAUGCUGUCGCCGCACGCGGCGGAGCCCCGGGGCGGCGCCGCGCCGUCGCCGGCGCAGAACCACUCGGUGUCGAUGCUGAGCACGAUGACCGGCGGGCAGAUGAUCCUGAGCUGCCGCGCCGCCUACGCCGGCAACUGGGAGUACUUCCACUACUUCAUCCUCGACCCCUACAAGCCGCAGCGCGCCUUCUUCCAGCCCCCGCCGCCGCCGGCCGGCGAGCCCUACGCCAUCCUGUGCAAGUGGGGGUACAUGGGCAACUUCCUCCAGGACGUGGUGGUGUUCAACAGCAGCGCCGGCUACGCGCCCCGGUGCCGCGUCGACGAGGGCGGGUGCCACUACCUGUUCCAGGACGGCCACAUGUUCCUCGUCACGGGGCGGCGCCGGCGCAGGGAGAAGACGCUCGUCGGCGACGUGCUGCUCCGGGAGUGCGCCCACGCGCUCGGCGUCUUCCCCACCGUGUGCCGGUACAAGCCCCACGACAACGCCUACGUCGGCAUGAUCAUCGGGCGCUGGCGAUGGUGGUUCAACUACUAAUUAAUUGCCUAUUAUUAAUUAUUAAUUAGAUGAUUCAUUAGUUAUACAUACUGGAUUAACUACUGUUUUUUACUAGCCAUUAGCCCAAUUAAUUGACUUUUAUCACUUCUUAAUCUCCUGGUAUCUGGCACUGCGACUUUGUACUAACAAGGUGUACAUACUCACACUACCUCUGCAUAUAUUGGUUCUGCUUGAGAUAUU